AUAGAUCCUUUCGACAAUUCAUAUAGUAAGCCUGGCCCUCAGCACUUGGGCUCCAGCGUAAAUGAUAAGAACUUUGAUUUUUGGCUCACCAGUUCUCCCUAUGAAUUCUGGGUUUCGAAGAUCAGCGGUCGAAACACUUUUGGAGUUUGCAACUAUGAGUGAUGCGCAUACACUUUAUCUUACAUGGGAUUCAUCUUCAUCGUAUAUCUUUCACCAUGUCAGUUGACAGCAUGAGAACAACUCUGAAACCGCCAGCGAAAGUAAAUGAGAAACAAUCAAGCGUCAACAACUUCGCUCUAAUACGUUCCGAAGGUACGAAACCCAAUCAAUCAACUGAACGUUUUUGAUAUUUCAUUUCUUAAACUGCUCUAAUCUUCAUCUGUCGAAUACAUUUAUCGAUGGUUUCAUUCCAUUCACUUUCGUUCCAUCUCGUUCAUCACAGUUUUGCCUAGAAUACGUGAAGGACAAAGACGGAAAUACACUUCCUCCAGGGGGCUUACUUUUGACUCGCUUUGAAGAAGAAUUCCACUUGCGACUGAAGCGCGCUUUAGAGAGCACCUAUAACCUCAACCUUCUUAUAAACACGUGGAACUUUGGAAGGCAAAGAAGCUCUACAGCUUUCUUGGUGUUCUUCUGUCCUAACUGGGACCAAAACACGAAUUACUUGAAGAAGACAUCACCACCCGCGAGCCAUCUUGCUCUCAUAUCUUAGGCCUCAUGACCUGAGUGAUGAGAGACAUACUACUGAGAAGGUAUAAACAGCUCUUCUGACAUGUCUUCAAGAGUAUUCCAUAAGCCAUAAGACAGGCAGCAUUUUCUUGGCCAUUAGGCAAAAUGAUGCCACUAUUCUUGAAGGUUUAUUGAUCUGCAAGAGGGCCUUGGAAUUUUUUCCUAGGGAGGCAUUUAUAAGGUUAGAUGCACGAACCAUCUUCUAAUCGUAUUUUUCCAAGAUGUGCUGAAAUACUUUAAAAGAUGCAUGAUGGGCACACUCAAACUUGAACAGCAACGUCUACAUAACAGGGAGAAUAAGCUCAUAUAAUCCCCUUACUAUCCCCAAGCACACAAACACAAGGUUUUUUCUGCGCCACCGCCAAUCAGAAGCCUUUUUGAAGUCUCCAGAGGUAUAAAGGAAUAUUUCUUUGAGUCUCAUUUCGAUCUCAAUUGCUAACUAUCGCAAGAAGAAUCGGCGUUAUUUUUUUACGAGCAGAAGGAUACGGGAUUGGUUCUACUUUUCGUGCGCCAAAGGACAAUUUCAAGGAACUAACAAUCGUGUUGCAGGACAACCAUAUGAGCUCUCUUCAACCGGGUAUUGAGUACUAUAUGCAAAUUGACACGUAUUUUGAAUUUUGUGACAGCAUAAGAAAUGGGUCUAUUAAGCGACGUGUUUUCCAGACAUUAGAUUCCAUCUCGAAACGGCAUAUCUAAUUUGCGGUUCAACGCACAUGUCUUGACAUUGGGCUGAGGAAUGUGCGCUACCCAAGUAUCCUCUCCAAUUCGCAUGCCUGAUUCAUUGGAAGGCUCUGUAAAAGUAAGGUGCAUCAAGGUCGGAAAGUACAAAGUGCUGAAGGAUAUUGAAAAGCUGCGUGGCCAGCAUAUCUCGAAAGUCCUGUAGUU